AUGCCACGACAGGCCACGAAGCCAACAGUGUCGAGAGACUCGCCGUAUUCCACGGACGGUGCUCGUUCGAGAGUACAAAAGGCUUGCGAUCGCUUCAGUGUGAUGGAUGCAGUCCUUGCCAAAAAUGCCGCGAUGAAAAUGCCAAUUGCCUGUUUGGUGAUCGGAAGAAACACCGAGAGAAGAUAUAUCCGAAGGGAAGAGCAGCAAGGCUGGCUUAUCCAUGGCCUCAGAGAGCUAUAUCGACAUAUGCAGGCCGGAGAUGGCUGGCCUGGAGAACCUUUGAAGUGUGGAGCCAAUGGUCAGCCUUUGGUACACGACAUUCUCUCUCACCUAGGAUCCUUGAGCCAACCUCAAUCUGGAGGCACAAUUUUGCAAGAAAGUGACCAAGCCUUCGUGCGCCAUGAAAGUCUACAAGAUCAAAACAACCGACAAAGGCAGCGACCAAAUUCCUCCAAUAGCAGGUCUCAGGAGUUCACCUCAUCCCCGGCUCCGCCAAUUGUUCCUAGCAAUAUCUUAUCACCAACGGGCGAUGAGACCCAAGAUAUCGAAGCUGAGAACACACCAUCCUCGAUAUUGAUACAAGAUGAUGGUUCCGAUGCCACUAGCCUCGAUAUUUCAUCUCAAUUGUAUCCCAGUAUCAAUUUGGAUGAAUAUAUGCCAGACCCUGCAAGUCAUGCCGGUUUGUUGUAUAAUGAUGUUCAGACGAGCAGCCCCAUGCUGCAAUAUCCCACUGAAAGUGAGCCUGUGGACUUGAAUUUUGAUCUCUUCACUGGCAUAGGGAAUGGCAUUGAUGACUGGGAGAUAUUUUUCAAUCUAUCCGCAAAGGGCCAGUCAUCGGCUGAGGGAUAUUUGACGCCAUUUAAUGACUCUCAGCCCUUACCUUUUGAGUAUGCGGCUUAA